UCCGGGAUUUUCCAUGGAAUUUUCUGGAAUUGUGUCCCCGCAGCGGCGGCCGCCGUGUUCACCAUCUACAUGGGCAAGGACAAGCACGAGAACGAGGACCUGAUCAAGUACGGGUGGCCCGAGGACGUUUGGUUCCACGUGGACAAGCUCUCCUCGGCCCACGUCUACCUGCGGCUGCAGCAGGUCGGGAGCCUCGGUGCCCGUGCUUUAUCCCAUUUUAUCCCAUUUUUCCCGGUUUUUUCCCGUUUUUUCCCAGGCUGCAAGCUGAGCUCAGUGACCGUGGUUUACACGCCCUGGAGCAACCUGCGCAAAACGCCCGACAUGGACGUGGGGCAGAUCGGCUUCCACCGCAGCAAGGACGUGCGCUCGGUGACGGUGGAGCGGCGGGCGCCGGAGCAGCUGCGGCGCCUGGAGCGGACGCGCGUCGAGCGCUUCCCCGACCUGGCGGCCGAGCGGCAGAGCCGCGACCGCCUGGAGCGCGGCCGGCAGCGCCGGGAGCUGCGCCAGCAGCGCCGGGAGCAGCGCCUGGAGCAGCGCCGCAAGCAGGAGAUGGAGGAGCUACGGAGCUACUCGUCCCUGAUGAAGGCCGAGAACAUGUCCUCCAACCAGGACGGGAACGACUCGGACGAUUUCAUGUGAGGCUCCCGGGAAUUCCCGGGGGAAGGGGCCCGGCCGUGUCCGGAGCCGUUCCCGAAUUCCCGCGCCCAACAAAGCCCGCGGGAGCCGCCGGA